AUGAUAUUCCUGCAAUCUCUCUCUCUCUCUCUCUCUCUCUUUAUUAUCUUGCAUUUUCUUUUUUCCUCUCAUCUUGUUUCUUUUUCUUUUUUUUUUCGCCUUUUUCUCGCUUCAAUCUGUUUAUUGUCUUUCUUACUGUUCCUUCCUUUAUCUUUCUUCGGCCUCUUCUUCUUCUUGAUAUUAUUAUUUUCUUUCUUUCCUUUUCUCAUCCUCUCUCUGCUUUUUUUCUUCUCUCCAUUUUCCCUUUUCGCCUAUUCUUAUUUUAUUUUUGUAUUUUUCUCCUUGCUUCUUCUUUUGACCCUUUUCCUUUUUACUGUCAUUAUUUUUCAUAUCUUACCUCUUCUUCUUUUUACACAGACGUUCUUAUACUCGCAUCUUGCUCUUAGUUUUCUUCACUCUCGCCUUUUUCUCUCUCUCUCGCUCUCUCUCUCUCUAUCUCAGGUUUUUCUUUCACUUUUUCACAUUUUCUUUAGAUACUUCUUCUCUUCCCUUUUUCUUCUCUGUAUAACCAGCUUUGACUUCCUUCUUUCUUUCCUUCUCUUCUCUCUCUCUCUCUCUCUCUCUCUCUCUCUCUCUCUGAUUUUAGAUUUAAAAGCCGCAAGGAAUCCAAUUCUCUUUAACUGGUCAGUUUCCAAAUCUAUGGGGGACACUGACAUUCUUUCUUCUUUGCUCGACGGUGACAGUUAA